AUGAUUGAAAAUCCUUUUCAGAUGGAUGAACCUGUAGUUCAGGAAAAUUUUCAAAUGGAAAUAAUAGAACUGAAAACUAAUACUUUACAGAAGGACUUGUACGAAGAAAAUCGAACGAAUUUACCAAACUUUUACAAAAAUCUUGAUGACGAUAAUUUUCCUGAAUUAAAAAAACUGGCUCAACGUGUUUUUUCAAUGUUUGGAUCGACAUAUCUGUGUGAACAAACAUUUUCAAGGAUGAAAUGUAUCAAAAGCAAAGAAAGAUCUCGCCUUACAGAUGAUCAUCUUCAUUACUUACUAAGGGCUGCCACUACAAAAUUUGAACCUGACAUCAAGAAGUUAGCGCUACAAAAACAACCUCAAGUUUCACACUGA